UCAAAGAGUGUGACUGGCUGCAUACACAGGAAGAGAUCUACGGUAGUGUAUUGCAAAACUGGCUGCAUUGGCAUUAGAACAUUGGAAAAAAUGAAGCAUACCAAUUCAAACAGCAUAGAAGAAUGUCUGUACUUGGCAGUGUCCGGUCAGAGUGAAGAGACUGUACCUCUUCAUACCUCCAUAGCUUUGUUCCUUCUGUCCUACUGCGAAUCCAAGUCUUUUCGAGUCUGCCUGGUUUCUUCCACCACCCUGGCUGGUGAGGGGCAGUCAUGGAGGCAAUGGCUGCCCGAGGGCAUGGGUUUCAGAAUGAUCUCCACGCAGGAGUUGCCCCAGGUUAUAAGGAGCUGCCGCCUGCCUGCAGUGGUGGAUGAGGGGGGCAGGUACUGUCGUGCUGGCCUGGCGGUAGUACUGAGACACAUAAUCAAGAGGACUCUUGAGGCAGAUCCUUGCAGGAAAGAUGUAGCUGAACUGCUGGGCUUUAAGAAGACCUGCUUAAAGGCCUGUGCUGAAGUGAGUGAGUGGACCAGGCUAUGUGAGCUCAGCAUCCCAUCUGCUGUGGAAGACUUCUGCAGGCAGCCAGAACACCAGUCAGAGAUCCCCACUGCACUCCUGCACCUAGAGAAGAAGCUUGGGGAACCUGUCAGGGUCCAUAAUGACGAUAAAAUCCGGAGGCAGAAGCUGCAGCAGAAAAAAGGCAUGCCAGAGGCAGGACAUGAGGGUGGCUUAGUAGACCCAAAAGAGGGAGCAGCUGAGGAUCCUCAGAGCUCAGAUCAGCUGGAGCUCCAAGCUGCCCUUGCCAAACUCUCUAUGGAGGAGAUACAGUCUGCUACCACCAGGGGGCCACCUCACAUCAGGAAAGUAAAAACCACUGAGCUCCCAUCUCUGGAGCAUGUGUUUGCAGAGGGGCUGUACUUCACUCUCACUGAUGUUGUCCUAUUACCUUGCCUUCAUCAGUUUCUGGUUUCUCUUGUCCAGAAACCAGGCGGGAUGUUGGAGCGACUGCCUCUUCUGCAGCGGUGGUACCUGCAUAUCCAGGAGGUGCCUGGAGUGCGCCGGGCAGCUAUCAGCUGUGGAAUUCACUUUCUAAGCCUCCCAGAGCAAGGGCCUGCCCCCAAUUUGGAACCACAGAACCCUAUCAAUCACGAAGAGGAAAAGGCAGUGGCACCUUUCACAGGCGGGCCAAGACCCACUAUGACCAAACUGAAAAACAGUGGCAUUGAGGCUAUUUACUCUCCACAUCCUUGCUCGUCAUGGGCCCUGGACUGGGAUGGUCUUCCAGCAGCUGUCAAUCCCAUGGAAGGAAAAAUGUCUAAAGACCGUGCUUUGCGAAAACGGCAGCAAUUGAAUAAUCUUGUUGCUAUGGUGACAAAACUGGCCCAGCCUGGCAACACUGUGGUGGAUUUCUGCAGCGGUGGGGGGCAUGUUGGAAUUGUUCUUGCUCACACCCUGCCGGCAUGCCAGGUGGUUCUGAUUGAAAACAAAGAGGAGUCUCUGGCCAGAGCUAAGAACAGAUGUGACGAGCUUGGUUUAAACAACAUCUGGUUCAUUCAAGCAAACUUGGAUUAUUUUACUGGACCAUUCAAAAUCGGGGUCGCACUUCAUGCUUGUGGAGUGGCUACAGAUAUGGUUAUGGAACACUGCAUCAAGGCACAGGCUGCCUUUGUCAUCAGCCCGUGCUGUUACGGAUUCAUACAAAACACAGUCAAGUUCACUUUCCCCAGAAGCCAGCAGUUCAUGGAUGUUUUGUCUUACAAGGAACACAUGGUCCUGUGCAGGUUUGCAGAUCAGACAGAAUUCCAGCUGCCUGCUGACCGGCGGUUAAUAGGUAAGCAAUGCAUGGGCCUGGUUGACUUGGAUCGGGCCCAAGCUGCAGAGAGAAACAACUACUCUGUCAAGGUAAUGUCCAUGGAACCAGAGAGCUGCUCCCCAAAGAACAACAUGGUGGUAGGGGUUCCUGCGGACUGUAAACUAAUCUGAAUUGCGUGAAGCCACAUCUAUCUUCAUGAUUAAGCUAUGUGGGACAUUGAAGCAGACAAGCCUUCAUUCCGCUGCCUCACAGAUCUCCAAAUGUUAUCCCAUCUCCCCAAUAUCUCAGGAAGUGGAAGUAAUGUGAUGUGCCUUCAUGACCUGCUGAGUGUCACUGAUCCAAAUGUAACUGUUGACAAAUGGCUCUUGCUCCCACCUUGCUGGGAAAUCAGCAAGUUCUCUAAUUAUCCUGCCUUUGGAACGGCAUCCUCAAGCACAAUGUGGUGUCAGGACUGUACAGCUGGUUUCCUGCUGAGCCUAGCAGUCUGCGCAUUGUAACAUCUGGAGGUUUUUGCCCACAGAGAGUUUACUGAAGAGUCUAGGUUUUCACUUUGCAUGUAAAUAAAUGAAUAGGUGUUCCAGGCAAGUUUCUUUUAAAGGUGUCAUUUUUCCUUUUGGCAUUUUACUGGAAAAAUAUUGUGGUGGAUUUUGGAAGGAAAGAUGUUUCAUUUAGCGAACUUAAUGUCCUGUAUUGUGCGGACAUAUUUUUAUCAGUAUAAAUUAUCCUUGUCAAGAAAAUAUUUCACAUGUGCAAAAUGUACAAAUAAAUAUGGACUUUUACUGUAUUUUAAAUAUUUUCAUCAUGCAGUAGUUGGAUGAGAAUGUUGCAAGUGCAUGACCAGUAAUUAUUAAAUAUAAAUAUACAAUAAUUUAGAUACACUGUACAUUAACUUGCUUUUUAGUGUUGUUACACAGGUAUUCCUCAUUGCAACAGACAGAAACAUCUAUAGUGCAAGACACUAAAAAAUGACACCAAUUAAACAUAUAUUUAUGUAUAAAUCAUGUUAGAAAUACUAUUUUUGUAAUUGUUACAAAUAUGGUGCAACUUUAGAUUCUAAACAGUGACCAACUGAAAUAACAAAUAUACUUGCCAGCAUUGUGUUUACACCAAAGCCAGACUUUGCAAUAUUUUCAGACACAACAUUAAUAACAUUGUGAUCUAAAGUUAACGUUAUUAACAAUAUGGGAGUGGUAUUUGUAACAAUUCACAGGGUAUGUAAUUGCCACUUGUAAGAAGCAGCUAGGUCAUUUUAGGAAUAGACUUUUUAACCACGCAGCUAGUUUAGGAAGAACAUUUUUCUUACCUUUAUUGUUUACUUUUACCAAAUAAAUAUAACAUGUUCACUGGAGAUUUUGUAUGAUUUUUAUGUAAUGAUUUUUAGAUAAAGUAUGAAAAGAAAACGGCACUCCGGUACAAGGUUUGGUGUUGUUGUGAACAAGCUUUUUCCCAUGAAAGGUUAUGUUAUUCAUGCCAAUGCACAUUUGAACGUGAGGUUGAUCAAGUACAUAUCUGCUGGAUGCACAAUGAUUGUUUCAACACCACAGUUUGACUAAUCAUUGUGCCAGAAAUGUUUAUUUCAGGUUCAACAGUAAAUAACUGUAAGAAAGCUUUAUAGUAUUGAUUGUUUAAAGCUUUGUUGAUUUGCUUUGUUGUUACUCAUUGGCUGUAAACAUGUAUGACAGAAUUUUGGUCCUAAGGUCAUGCAAACCACGUGCAGCAAGAGAUACAUCAAUGUCUCUUCUCUGAAAAAGUGUAUUAUGUAUGUUUGUUACUGAAGAUUUUCAUGCCAGGAUUUGAGUGAUAUUUUUUUUUUUUUUGAGUAUAUCAGCAAUAAAAAGUCUCUAUCAUGAAAACUUGAAACUUAAAAGUGAACCCAACUGUUGUAGUUUUAUUCAGGCACGUCAUAUAAAACAUCUACACAACUGAAACAUUGUAAAUAAAUGAACAUUUGAACAGAAAUGGGUUUAUAUGCAGACAAAGAGCAACUGCAAAAAAAGAAAAACAUUUGAAAAAUAAGUGUAUAUACAGAUAUAUUAUUUAUGUACAAAACUACAACUGAAACAAUGUAAAUAAAUAACAUUAAUUUGAAAAUAAAUGGGUUUAUAUAGAGACAUAGCAAAGCGCAAAUACACAACUGAAACUAUAUAAAUAAAAAACAAACAUUUGAACAUAAAUGUGUUUUAUAUACAAUUGCAACAAUGCAACAUGUUAUCAAAGAAGCCUAGGUUUUUGCACAAUCCACACAGAUGUUGUGCUUCUCCACAUAUGCAGUGUACUUUCCACACACUGCCUUGUGCGUUGGGCACAGCUAUCAAGAAUCUUGUUACCAUUGCAUUUGGCAACCCGACACUCGUCGCUACCUUCAGCUGCUGGUACCUGCUUUGCACUUUUCUGUUCAAAAUGCUUCUGUCGAAGUUCUUCAGCUGGCCUAAAUAAGUAAUUUCUUCUCAUUAUCGCCUUGCUUGUGCAUUCCUUGUGAAGAAUAAGAGAGUUGAUGGCUGUGAGAUCCAAUACAUUGUAAAACACAUGAAGAGGCCACCUGUGAGACCCAGCUUUAACUGAGUAUUUCCGUGCCAUCUGGUCUAAAAUGUCAAUGUCAAGUAUUGUAAAACUCAGUCUCCUUUAUUUAUGUUCACCAGUUCCAAUAGUAACUUGGGGCUGAAGGGAGCUGAGCUUAAUUGCAUUCUUUCUGGGCUUGCACUUGCAAACUGUUAGUGUGCAGUCAGAGUGCUUCAGAGUUGUAGAGGAGUACAGCUCUGUUUGCAGGUCUCCUGCAGAUUGUGGCAGUUCUCUCCUUUGUUUAUUUACAGUUCCAACCAGGCUUGUUUUUUUUUUCUUCAACUCUUUUGUCAAUUGCAGUGAGGUAAACAAAACUGUCGGUGGUAACAUUUCUCCCUUUUCCUAAAUAGGGUCCCAUUAGCCAAAGUACCAAACUGUUACCAGGCUUUGGUUAGCUGGGCGAGUCUCUUCCUUGCCCAAGUAGGGGUAGCCAUUUACCAAAUAUCUGGACUUAACGUCCGCUGCCAGCCAAAACUUGAUCCCAAAUUUGUCAGGUUUCGUAGACAUAAUUGAGUCCUUGAUAUCUAUGUAAUUUGUCAACAAGGGGAUUGUGGCAGAGCAAAGCUCUGCCCUUUUUAAACUGGCAGG